AUGGACUCACUCUCUCUCUUCUGCACCGGAGCUCUUCUCGCCGGCGGCCUAUAUUGGUUCGUCUGUAUCCUCGGCCCCGCCGAACGAAAAGGCAAACGCGCCACCGAUCUAUCCGGUGGUUCCAUUUCCGCCGAAGAAGUCCAAGAUAGCUACAAACAAUACUGGUCCUUCUUCCGUCGUCCAAAAGAGAUCGAAACCGCCGAGAAAGUCCCAGAUUUCGUCGAUACCUUUUACAAUUUAGUAACAGAUAUUUACGAAUGGGGUUGGGGUCAAUCCUUCCAUUUCUCACCUUCCCUCCCUGGUAAAUCCCACCGUGACGCCACGCGCCUCCACGAAGAAAUGGCUGUGGAUCUCAUCGAGGUGAAAUCCGGAGACAAAAUCCUCGACGUUGGAUGCGGUGUUGGUGGUCCCAUGAGAGCCAUCGCUUCUCACUCACGCGCUAACGUCGUUGGAAUCACGAUCAACGAGUAUCAAGUGAAAAGAGCCAAGAUACAUAACAAAAAAGCCGGACUCGAUUCUCUAUGCGACGUCGUUUGCGGCAAUUUCCUCGAGAUGCCGUUUCCCGAUAACAGUUUCGACGGCGCGUACUCAAUCGAAGCGACGUGCCACGCGCCUAAGCUUGAUGAAGUUUACGCUGAAAUUUUUAGGGUUUUGAAACCCGGUGCUCUUUACGUUUCUUAUGAAUGGGUCACAACAGAGAAAUUCAUACCCGAAAAUUCAGAACAUGUUGAGAUUAUUCAAGGAAUUGAAAGAGGUGAUGCUUUGCCUGGGCUUAGAAGCUACGCUGAUAUAGCUGAAACGGCUAAGAAGGUUGGGUUUGAGGUUGUUAAGGAACAGGAUCUGGCUGAGCCACCGGCUGAGCCGUGGUGGAGCCGUUUGAAAAUGGGUCGGAUUGCUUAUUGGCGUAACCAUGUUGUGGUAACUGUUCUGUCUGCAUUGGGAAUAGCGCCCAAAGGGACGGUUGAUGUUCAUGAGAUGCUAUUCAAGACUGCUGACUUUUUGACCAGAGGGGGUGAUACUGGGAUUUUCUCUCCUAUGCACAUGAUUCUCUGCAGAAAACCAAAAGAACAAGAAAAAUAA